AAACAUCAUUUGAAAUGACUGCUUAAGAAAACUUGAAUAAAAAAUUGUCGAAGUUGAUCAUUCAGGGUUUCCAGAGAUGAAGAGGAAAGUUGCAAGUGUUGGGAAAUUGAGGCUUAGUCCUAAUGAAGAAACCAUGCUUCUGAAAGAAGAAUACGAAAGAAGAAGAAAACUGAGGCUACAGCAAGUUAGAGAGCAACAGAAGUACAUCGCCUUGCAGAUAAGACAGAAAGUGAAGCAGAGGAGAGAAGAACAAGUACAUCGGUUAGAGGAAGCACUGAGAGCUGAAUGGCAGAAAGCACAGGAUCAAAAGAUGAAAGCCUUAGAAAAACUGUAUUUAUCAAGCUUAAGAGCGAUUGGUGAGGGUCACCGACAAGCCAAGGAGAACGAACCUGACUUAGAAGCUCUUGCAAAGCAAGCGGAGGAAAGGAAACAAAGAGCAGAGAAGAGACAUAGGAAAGCCCUGAAAGAGCAGAAGUACCAAAAAGAAAAAUUACUUUGUGAGCAAGCCCGACGAACAAAUGCACGUAAACAUGCUCUGGAAGUGGAAAGACAAAGAGCAGCCAAAGUUGCAAGCCUGCCACCUCCUCCACCACGUCCUCUUGAGAAUUUUGAAGUGAAAAAGACUCCUGCAGUGAAGCCCUAUAGUGCUGACAACUUUUCUGUUACACGUUAUCAUAUUUCCGAACCUUACGUGGACAGAGAACUGGAUGGAGAGCAGCCAGAUGCUCGGUUAGCUGCUGAAGAAGAAGGGAAACGUUUGGAGGAACUACACAGAGAGGCAGAGAGGGAGAGAAGAGAGCAGCUUGAAAAGGCACAUCUCAGAGGAAGUCAUGCCUUGAAGAAGGUCCAUUUGGCUCAGGACAGGGAAAGGCUACUGAAAGAACUUGAGCAAAUGCAGAAUAUGGAUCGGAUGCGCAGAAGACAGAUUGUAGCACAGAUGCCACCUCAGCUUUUUGUGCCUGCAUACAAACGCAUGGAAAUAAAAGAAGAAUGGCAGAGAGAAUUGGAGUUUGCAUUUGAAGAUAUGUACAGUGAAGACAGGAAAAUGAAAGGAGACCUGAUUUUGCAGUUUGAGCCACAACCUUUGCCAGCCCCUUCUGAUAGAUCUCAAGAUAAUGAUCUUGAUAUCUCUUUGGAGCAAGAAUCUGCUUGUGACACUCAGCCAGAAUCUGCUUGUGAUACUCGACAAGAAUCGGGACAGAUGAUAGAAGAAGAGGUCCCCGAUGAAUCAGAAAAUCAUGAAGAGGCAAAAACUCACCGACCUCAGUCAAAACUUGCCUUAAAGAAAUUGCUGACCAAGAUUAGAAGCCAAAAAGAGGAGUGGACAUCAAAAAGUGAGAAAGAGAUUCAAAGUGAAAUUGAGACUAUUGAAUCAGGCACAAUUGCUAGUGAAGAGAGACCAUUAUGUGAUUUAGAACUUAACUGUGAGCAACAGAAAAAUACAGUAUGUGAAGCCAAAGACUCUGUGAAAAUGUUGGAAAAUACAGUUGCAGCUGAAAAUUCAGUUCUAAUCCACCCUCAAGAACAAGCAGCUAAAAUUAGAAUGGAAGAGGAGAGACAAAAGUGGAACAUGCAAAUAGAGAAACAGAAACAGGAACAGCUGACCUUACUUAAACAAAUUGAAGAAGAGAGAGCACGUUUGGAGGCCGAUUUUCUGAAGAUCCAAAUGCAAACCUGUUUGGAGGAGGCUAAGAAAAAAAAAGAGGAGGAAGAGCAAGGCCAGCUGGUACAAAGUCACGGUGUUCCUUCUACAGAUCAGCAGAACAAAGUGGAACAUGAGACUGGAAAUACUACUAUAUCAGAAACCCGGAGUCCUAGAGAAGACAGCCAUUUACAGAUGAUUCGUAAUUAUCAACAACGCCUUCUACAGCAAAAUAGGCUGCACAAACAGACCAUUGAAGAAGCUAGAAAGCGUCUACAGGAGUAUCAGAAUAAAUUGAAGCAAAGAUACUUGUCUACUUCUGCAACACCUCCGAGCUCUGUGGAAACAAAAUCAAUUACUUUAAAGCCUGUCUCAGAACCACUUCUACAGAGGCAAGGAGUGCAACCAACACAAUACCAGUCAUCUGAACAAGUUCAUGCACGAGAGUAUGCACGGUCACUACCUGUGUUUUCAGGAACAUUCCGUAUGUUGGAAAAAACAUCUUCACAGAAACAUGAAGAGCAAAUGCAUAAUGUUUAUCCUGGCAGACAUGUGCAAUUUUUAGAAGCAUCGAAAUUGAAGCAUGGAGAGUUUCGCUUGCUGUGUGCCUGUCCUUCACAGGAACAAGUGGGAAUGUUGGAAACCUCCAAUAAUCAUGUCGGAGAACCAUCUCCAUUCCAGUUACCAUCAGGGUUAGUCAUGGAAGAUGUCACUGCAGUAAGAACACAACCAGAAGCACGCGUACAACACAUUAGAUUUGCUUUGCCUGCAGAAGAUUCCUCUGAGCCUUCAGAAACAGUGCACUUUAAAGAGUCAUCUCAGAAGAUGUCUGAUCAUCAAACAGAGACAGAAGCUGGAGAAGAGCCUCCACUUAAGACACCCCUCAUGCCAGCAACAAAGGGAUCUCAUAUAGUUCAGGCAGCCUCAGUUGAUUCUUUGGCAUAUUGGCAGGGAUCUGCAGAGAGCACCAUCAAAACAAGCCUUGAACAACCCCUCAAUCUUUCUGAACCUAUGACUUUAUCUCGUGAAGAAUCUAAAGCCCAAGGUGUUGAGGAAUUCUUGAUAUCAAAAAUGGGAGAUGCACCUUUGUUAAAUUAUUCUGAUAUAGUGAAUUUAAGGGACAGAGUGUUGGCCUCUUCGGAAAGCAUCCAAGCUCAGCAAAAGUAUUUGAAAGAAUUGCAAGAGCAGCUAGAUGCACGAAGAGAAGCUCUUCUUUGUAGACAGAAAAUACAAGAACAACUACUUUUACAGAAGCAAGAUAAAUUGAAGGAACAGAUGCAGAGACAGCAAGAGGUGUUGAAAGAAUUUCUAAACAAGCAGGUGAGACGUAUCUGCACAAAUGAAGAAAUGACAGAGACACAAAAGCCUGACUGGAUUAAUAGGACUGACUUUUUCCAAGUCUCAGAAGACUACCAGCAAAAGAAUUCUGGCAGGAGUAAAUUUCAUGGAAGUGAAAUGAUUUCGCAGUGCAUCAGUGCAGCUGAGCAAACUGAACGGUCUGAGAAAGUUCAAUGUAGAGAACAGAAAUGGAGAUCUUCCAAACCACCUGUGGCAAAAGUCAAGUUAGGGCUUGAUUUGGAACAACAUGAACUUAGUGUUAUAGCAGAGGUAGACACACCGAAGAGUUGCAACAUUUCUUUUGCAGAUAAAACAGAUUCUGUUGGUGGAGAAUCUUCUCCCAUUUCGACCAUUGGGAAGUUUGCAUGUGUGAAACGUUACAGUCAUGGUCUUCAUGAAGAAGGCAAGUUACCUUCGAGCAUAACAAACUAUGAGGAACAAAUCUCUGAUGGAAGUCCAACGCAAAGUAAACAGUCAAGUAGAUUAUUACAAGAGGUGCUGAUGAUGACUACUGACAACUCGUACGAUUCAGCCCAGUCCCAGGAUUCUCAAAUGGCUCAAGAUUCACCAGUUCUUGCUGCUGAAGUUGGAGAGGGAGUUACAACGCAUUCUAGACCAUCAUUCAGACUUGAUAAUACGGAAGUACUUUCUAAAGUAGUAUCCACAAACUUAGGUUCAGAGGCUUUCAUGCAAGGAAUACCGUGUGACUUAUCUUCAACAAUUUCCACUGGAAGCUUUUUGACUAGUGAAACGUUGGAUGUAAGCCCUGUUGACACUGGAUUAUCUUCUUAUAGUACGGAAGAUCAAAUUUUGAGAGCAACAGCAAGCCGCCCUUGGAACUCCUCACUGCCUUUUACCCUGCAGCAGAGGCAAGAGAAUUUGUCUGGAACAUCUGAAACUCAGUUGCCUGAAGGAGAGAUGUGCCUUUAUAAAGAAAGUCAGAUACAGCAGAUCUUGGGGAAAUGUACUGGAGACUUGAACUCUUACUCAGAGGACAAUACAUGUUUCCAAGCUCUAGCAGCUGAACUUGAUAUUCCUGAAACGGAGAGACCUUUUCCAAACUUCCAUCAUCAGCUCUUUCAGCCUUUGGAACCAAGUCUUGACUUUGAUACUUCAUCAUCCUGUUCUCAAUACAGAAUUUCACAAGACAGUAGAGAAUUUAGCAAGAGUUCGAAAUUUUCAACAAAGAGUCAAGACAUGUCUACAUUUCUAGAAGUAGGAAACUCCAGUUUGAAUAUACAAAGAAGCAGUCUGCCUUCUAGUCUUGAAACAAACGGGCCAAACAACAUUACGUCAGAAGAAGAGUCUGUUAAAGAAAAUAUUAUGCCAGGAUCUGAAGAAUCUUUUCACCCACUGCAGUUAGAAUCUACUCUGAGGGAUCACUGUCAGAAUGCUGAUCAGCCAGUGGACCUUAAUGCUAUGUUACAGAGAUCUUUUGAAGAAACCCCUGGAAUUGAAAAAUGGGGCAAUGAGAACUGCAUUUCAUCUGCCAGAGAAUACGAAGAACUGGCAAGAAAUAUGGAAUGUAUUAAUCUCCAGUGUUCAAUGGAAGAUCUGCGAAAUGAAAGUCUGAAUCCACUGGAAGAGCAAAAAUCAUUUUAUCAGCUAAAUACCACACCAGUUACAGUGGAUGAAACUUUCCCUCAACAUUUAUUAAAAGAGACUAUGUCUUCUGAAAAAUUACCUGUGGAGGCGUUUGAUAAGAAGUAUGUGAAGCUUCCAGAAAAAUCAGUUCGGGUACCUGAAGCAAAUAAAGCUGUAGAGUUGGAUUCUCAGUGCAAUACACAUGUAAAGGAGCCAGAUCAAGGCUUUCCAGCAGUACAAAAAUCUUUGAGGGUUCCCAGAGAAACCAGCUUGGAAGACUCAGACAUCCAUUUACAGGCUGUCGUACAACAGAACGGUUCUUUCCUGGAAAGACAUGAGAAAUAUUCUAAUUCUGUGCCCAGAAGCUCAUGUCGUAUUCCAGUCUGGGAGACUGAGUCAGGGCGUGGUAUUAUGGAAGAACCUGAACUCACUCUGAUAAGCUCAAAUGACAUCAGUAUUGCAGAAUCAGACAUUGAACAUACUAACCAAGAGAAAAUUAAGGAGGAUAAAAUCAAUAACCCAGCAUGUGUGGAUCAGUCUGAAUUUAAUGUUUUUACUGAGGAGAGAGAAUUUUUACCGCUAGCUCCAGAUGCAGAUUAUUCGGUGUUCGUAAGGCCUGACAGUUCUUCCAAAGCCCGGAGUCCCAAUGACAGUCACUUUCCAUCACAUCAGACUGCAGUGAUGCUGCUGGAGUUUGCAGCUACACCCGGAAGCUUGCAAGAAUCUUUUUUAAAAAGAAAGAAGAACUUCAUCCAGAAAUCUCUGAAAAGAGUAGAAGAAAUAAAAAAGAAAGAAAGAGAAAAUGAAAAGCCAGAAGCCAGACAGCUUCAAAGAGGAAAGUCUGAGAAGUUAAGCAGGCAAAAGGAGUCUUUUCUUAUCUCUGGUGCAGCUGCCAAUCAGUUGAAGAAAGUAGGAGAAGUGAAAGUGUCUUCUCCAGAGGACAGGAAGUCUGGAGAAAUUGAAAUGCACCAGCGUACUUCAAGACUUUAUAAUCAACUUGCAGAAGUGAAACUCAGAAAGGAAGAAAAAACAAGGCAAGAAACUUAUGCUAAAAACAGAGAAAAGGCUAAAGAGUUUCAAAAGAAAAUGCUGGAAAAACUACGAGCCAAGGUGACUUGGAAAGCACCAUGACUGGCAGAAGACUUUGAGCAACAAGGAACACUACUGUAUUGGUACAGUCCAAGAGACUGCUGAAUAACACAGACUUCAUUAAGUUAAUUGUGGAGCUAUUUGGAAUCCUCAGCUUUAAGCUGCAGGAGAACCAUAAGUAAACAAAACCUGUGUAGUACCCUCAUGUUUUACUGAGAUCACUACAGAAGCAGAUUAACCACUGCUUUAAACAUGGUUUGCCUCAGAUUGAGUAGACUGAUGUUGUGAAAAGCCUUUCUUGAUGUGCAUUAAGUGUUUUAAAGGGAGAUCAGACUAACUUCUGUAAUAUACAUGUACAAAACAUUUUCAAAUAAAGUUUGUUUUUUAAGACAA